AUGGACGCGCAGAGCACGAAGGCCAAGGCUUCCCGGCUACUGAACAACUUGGCCAAGCACAACCUGGACCAGGUUGCCCCCAAGCUCCUCCGCUUGGCGCAGUGCGAGGGCGGCACAAGCGCCUCCUGCUGGAACCUGGAAACUGCGCCAGUUGUGCUGUCUCGCUCGUUUGACACCGCGCUCGCACACUUGUCAGCCGAUCAAUUCGCGCAGUACCUGGCUCUGUGGCAGCUCUUCAUCGACUACGAGGAGGCCCACUGGAAGCUGCACCACAAGAAGACGGGCACGACAGAGGUGUGGCAGGUGCAGCAGUGGCUGGUGGAGGAAUGUCAGGCCUACUGGGCGGACAUGGUGGACGACAUGAGCAGGCAUGCGGUGCCGCCGCUGGUGGAGCUGUGCGGCCGCUUCUUGGCCGGCGCGACUGGAGGCCAGCGGAUCAACAUCUCUGCGGCACCGCUACCAGAGGAGCUCAAGCAGCGUCUCGCUCUCCAGCCUUGGAGGUUGCAGGCGCUCACGGUGCGAGAGGAGAGAUUGGCGCAGGACGAGCUGUUUGGUCGCCGCUGGUUGUGGAACCGACAGCACAGGCGCUUGGAAUGGGUGGACUUGUGCGGAAGGAUGGCCAAACUCGGUAUAGUGCCGGUGCGACUCAGCGUUGACGCGCUUCGUUCGCUGCUGCUGGCCAUCAGACACCUUCACGAGCUGCUCCUCCGUGCCAAGGGUCGAGAGGCCUCUGCCGUAGCCACGCCGACCGACGACGAGGGCGGCCUGCCCGGGCGGGGAGAGGUCGAGGUCAGGAUUCAGCGGAUCGAAGAGGAGACGCUUGACCUCGUGCUCGUGCUCCUCGCCCUCCACCGGGGCCACGUCGCCGCGUGGAAACACCUCAUGACCACCAACCGGCCCGAUCAAGCGGGAGAAACGAGACGAUCGCUCGAGGCGAGCCUGAGGUAUAUGACGACGUUGGCCCAGGAUCCACGUUUCUGCGACAGGGCACAACCCGUCCUCGUCGAGGCCACCCAACUCAGCUCGCCGCUGCUGGCCACCGUUCAGCCCCACAAGCAGUAA